UCGUUGUGUAUUUAAUGUAACAUAACAUAAUAAAAAUGUCGACUUCCCUUAAGAAGACACAUACUCAUAGACACGUAUUGACCUAUACAAUAUAUCUACUCUAGGUGUAAAACGAUUCGUUUUCCGUCAGAAAACUUAAACAAAGCCUAAUGAGGGCCGCCUGCGUGUAUAACAUAAGCGGCCACAAUAACAAUAGUACACGGGUCAGCAUAGGCAGAGCCCCUCGUUCGCUCUAUUUACGCUUCCUGACGGGAAACGAAUCGUUUUACACCAAGUGUACAUUCAUAAAUCAAUAUCAGAUUUGAAAACAUGCAUGAUAGUGCGUAGAGUCUUACGUAUUGUGAGCACAUACGUAUUUCUAUGUAUUAUCUUGCAUAAAGCGCGAGAGAGACAUACCCCUCGUAUGCCUGACAUCUGUACCUCGUUUUCUGUCGCGCAAGAUGUUUACAAUAUCGUUUGGGCGCGCGGCUCAAGUCUUGACUCGUUUGAAGAAUGUGGUGGUUACAGUGGUGGCGCGCAGUUGGCAAUGUCACGCCGCCGGCCGCACGUUUAGUCCAGUCUACACAGUACACCUUUCAGUUCAAUACCACACCGCGCAAACAAAGGUAUCGUCGCAUCGACUGCCGCGAGUGAUUCUUGUGACAAGUGAAAAAAUUGGAAAUUAUAAGCGGUUGAUUGUUGUGUGAGCGUCUGUGUAUAGAAAAAUGGUCAAUAACAAGCAGGACAGUUUGCAAAGAUUAAAAACUCUGCGUGAGCAGGUCAACUGGUCGGUUGAAGAAGAUCGACGCACAUUUCUCCAACAGCUUUAUCAUCUAACCAAAAAGUGGUCGGGCAAACGUCCGAAACUGCGAGAGAUUUUUCAGCGCGAAGAAAUCGAUUGGCUUCUCAUAGAGAAUAUAAAAAACUUGGAAGUACUCGACAUGAGUGAUGUAGAUCGAAUCAUCGAAUUUUUCAUCAAUAACGGCUACAAAGACAAAUCCGACGUAGGUAAAGACGGCAAGCCACUGUUGCGUCGAACCACUGCGAUACACUGGGCGGCCCGAGGCGAAUACAGCUUUUUAAUGAAGUACAGAAUUCGAGACCUCUUGAAAAUAUAUAAAGUCGACGUGAACUACACCGACGACUUCGGACUCACUCAUUUCCAUGUGGCCUGCCAGUACGACUGUUACGACGAAGUCGUGGAAUUUCUCAAGUUCGGACAGGAUCCGAAUUGUCUGUCGCAAGAAUCGGACGCGAGCUCGGUUGAUCCGCCGCUGCACUUGGCUCUGAAGCACGAACGCAAGAAGAUAGUCGAAUUGCUACUGAGGAGCGGCGCCAGUCCCAAUUUAACCAACAAAGACGGAUUCGCGCCUCUGCACGCUCUUUGCUCAAGAAAAGACAGCAACUUUGAAUCGAUGCAGUUAUUCUUUCAGAUCUGCGACGAUGUAAAGCAGCCGGUGCAAAUCGACGCUCGGGAUAAGUUGGGAAAUACACCGCUACACGCAGCUCUGGAGAAAAAACACCUCAAGGUCGUCGAAUUGCUAUUGAAAAGAGGCGCCAAUGCAAACUUGGCCAACGAGGAGGGAUCGACUCCUCUGCAUAAUAUUUGCAAGAGAUACGGCGACGAUAUCAAAACUCUGGAAAUAUUCCUUGACAUCAAUGCAGAACUUGAUCAGCUGGUGCAGCUCGACGUCCAGGACAAGAAGGGCAAUACACCGUUACACUUGGCUUUGGGAAAAUAUAACAAGAAGGUGGCUGUAUUACUGCUGAAAUAUGGCGCCAACGCGAAUUUGACCAACGAAGACGGACAAACUCCUCUUCACAUUGCUUGCUCUUAUUGCUGGUCUGACUUGGCAUGGACGUUUUUAAAAACCAUCGACUACGUGCAGCAGACGAUAGAGGUCAACGCCCAGGACAAGAAAGGUUGGACGCCGCUGCACGUGGCUCUGGAUGAUGGUUACAUUGUGAUAGCCGAAUUGCUGAUGAAAAGAGGCGCCGACCAGAAUAUGGCCGACGUGGAUGGCUUAACUCCUCUGCAUAUCAUUUGCAAAAGAUACGACGAUGAUCACGUGGCAAAGACAUUUUUCCGGAUGAAUCAAAAACUUGGACAGACUGUGCAGGUCGAUGCUCGGGACAAGUUGGGCCGGACACCCCUCCAAUUGGCCGUCGCGAAUUCCUUGCUGAAUGUGGUAGAUGUUAUUUUGGAUGGUGGCGCAGAUCUGUCCAACUUCGUUUUUCCCACCGAAGAUGAUUUUAACGAGUUCGUAUCCGCAAAAAUUUUGUUCGAAUUGGAUCGAGCGUUUCGCACCCUGGCCGUGGUCGAGCGCCUCGAAAAAAGAGGCUACGAACUCGACCGAAUCGGCGCCCUUACGAUCAUGAAAUUGUUCGCUAAGUGCGGAGUGAAUAAUCAGCCAAUAAAUCUCGACAAAUACUUGAACAAUAAUAAAGCUGAUGAAAGCUUCGUGAAGAACCUAAAGAUAAAUCCUACCUUGUCGCUUUACGACCUGAUUCGGUUGCCAUACGAAGAGGCGUCGAAAGUAUUUAUCAUUACAGAUUGGAUGUCGUUCAUUGACUUGAAUAAAGGUAUUAUCACGUGGGAAUUUCUCGACGCGUGUACGAAGUACCUGCGCGACAUAAUUUACAGAAGAUUUUGCCGGCGAUGGGCAUUGGAAUUUUUCUUGUCGCUGACGUGCUAUCAGCUGCCGAUUCUCUGCUGCGACAUAAUCAUCCGUCAGCUGAUGAACGAGGAUCUGUUGAGAAUGUGCCUCGCAGCAGAAAAUUUGUGACACUGUCCGCAAAGGCAAGGACGUCAAGAAAUAUUAUAUUUACUUUACCCAAAUCGUUUUGAGAUCGUGACAUGGUGCGAUGUUGACAGCUACGAACAGCCUAGUGCCUAGCACUCAAUAAAUUAAAGACAAAUUUUUAUAAAGUGUUGAAAAAUUUUCGUAAAAUUUGACUGUUCAUCAUGUGAUAUGUUAUAUUUAUAGAUAUUCAUUUUUUUUACGCCAAUGCCAAAUCUCACGAAGGCUACCUCAUUGACGUUCUCUUCAUUCACGCUUAUCUUCGCUAAAGAGUUGACUAAUUUUAACUAUUUUUUCGGUUAAAAAAUCUGUACACGAAUUCAAAUUUAAUUGCUCUAAAUUAGAUAACUGUAAAAAUAUCAAAGAAAGAUUUUGGUACCGAGGUGUAAAAAAGUAUCGGAUCAUUAUUGCAAAAAGAUAAGCCAUACUUUUUGUCGGUUGACCUUAAAAGUGAAGUUAUUUUUUUUAAUUCAGGCGAUAAAAUUUAUCAAACAAUAACUAUUUUAGAUUAAAAUAUAACAUUAAUACAAUCAAUAUUUUUUAGAAGGAAAAUAAAAUCUACAUUUAUUUUUUGACGCGAUUUCAUUUGUCAAUCAAUUGUUAAACGUGCGCCAACGAGACUUUAAUAUGGUGUAAGAUAAUGCAUAGAAAUUUUCAAUUUAAUAUGAUUUAACGAUUUAUGCAAAACUCGCGGAGUUAAAAUAGUUUUAGAUCAAUACUCACUAAGUUUCAGAAUCAAAUUAAAAAAACUUUAUUGUUUUUAUUAUAUAUUUUCAACACACUCUCUUAAGUCACUCAUGGAAUCAAAAACGUUGUCUAUCGCGUUAAAAAUUAAAACUACUGAGAUGAAAUUGAUACAUAAUCUUUCAAGCGGUUUGUUUUAGUUUUUUUAAUCGAAUUUUAAAUCUAAUUUAAAAUUUUUUUACAAUUUUACGCAUCUAUAAUUGAAGUGUCCAUUUUGUAUUUGAAAACCUAUUUGAAAUUUGUUCUAUUCUUUAUAAUUUAUAACAUCAAGAAAUACUUCAGAAGAUCAUUGUAUUCAUUUUUUUACCUUUAACGAUAUAAAAAUUGAUAAACUCUAAUAAAGUAUCUUCUUUCGAUCACGUAGUCAAAUCAUAUACUUGAUCAACUUGAAUUUUUUUCCUACCCCUAU